UGCGCUCUUCCUAGCAACCGAGCGCCCGCGGCAAAAUGGCGGCCGACGGCAAGAGUGAAGAAAUGGUGGUGUCGCGCGCCCACCGGGCGCAUAUUCCCAAGCGCCACCCCCCGCUUGAGUCGGCCCAUUGUGCUCGUAGCCGAGUGACGGCGAGCGGACACAAGAUGCGAUUGUUCCCCCGCCGCCGGAGAAGAUGCGGCUGGGUCGCGCCCCGCGCCAUCGCCGGCCGGCCGACCGACCGGCCGGCGCACCCGAGGAGGAGCACAAGUGGCGCAAAGUGGCUCUGGAGUCACUCCGCUCUGUCGCGGGAACCUAGCCGACCCACUUGGAGGAGGUGUACGUCGCUGGCUAGCAUGUCGUUCAAAUCCCUCAAGGACUUUGGCGUUUCGGCCGAACGUCUGGGCUCCAUCUGUAAGAGGUGGAUGGCUCGCGUCCAAAGCAACGGCAUGAAGAUGAACGGGUCGUCGGAACACUUGGAUCAGCCGGACCCGGACUCCAUCAAGAUGUUUGUGGGGCAGAUCCCUCGCUCCUGGUCAGAAACGGAACUCAAGGAGCUUUUUGAGCCUUUUGGAGCCGUGCACCAGAUCAACAUCCUCCGCGAUCGCACGCAGAACCCCCCUCAGAGCAAAGGAUGCUGUUUUGUAACUUUUUAUACAAGAAAAGCUGCGCUGGAUGCCCAGAACGCCCUGCACAACAUCAAGACCUUAAGUGGGAUGCAUCAUCCCAUCCAGAUGAAACCAGCCGACAGUGAGAAAACCAGCGCCGUGGAAGACCGAAAACUCUUCAUCGGAAUGGUUUCCAAGAAAUACGGCGAGAACGAGGUCAGGAUGAUGUUCUCGUCCUUCGGCCAGCUGGAGGAGUGCCGGAUCCUGCGCGGACCCGACGGGCAGAGCCGAGGCUGUGCGUUUGUCACAUUUGCUACCAGGGCAAUGGCACAGAAUGCAAUCAAAACCAUGCAUCACUCUCAGACUAUGGAGGGCUGCUCUUCGCCUCUGGUGGUGAAGUUUGCCGACACGCAGCGGGAUAAGGAGCAGCGUCGUCUGCAGCAGCAACUGGUGCAGCAGAUCCAGCAGCUCAACAGCGCCUCCACAUGGGGGAACCUGGCCGGCUUGGGCAGCCUCACGCCUCAAUACCUGGCCCUCCUGCAGCAGGCGGCUUCCACAAGCAACCAGAGCAGCUUCAACAGCAUGCAGCGGCUCGGGGUGAACCCUCUCCAGCUGCAGAAUUUGGCCACAUUAGCCGCGGCGGCCGCCGCCGCGCAGAGUUCUGCCAGUCCCACCUCGGCCGCCGGCCUGUCGGCCGCCACCGGUGCACUCGGAGCUCUUGCCAGCCCAGCCGGCUCGACGGCGGGUUCCGGUGCCAGCGCCGCCGCCGCCAUGAACACGUUGGCGUCUCUGGGUACAUUGCAGGGUCUCACCGGGGCCUCGGUCGGCCUCGGCAACCUCGGCAACCUCAACGCUCUCGCCGGCGGCGGCAUGGGGGCCCUGAACGGCGGCCUGGGCUCGUCCAUGGCCAACGGCUCGGCGGCCACGUCCAUGGACGCGCUGAGCCAGGCCUACUCGGGGAUGCAGCAGUACGCCGCCUCGGCCCUGCCCUCGCUCUACCCCCAGCCGCUCCUGCAGCAGAGCAUCCCCGGCCACCAGAAGGAAGGGCCCGAGGGCGCCAACCUCUUCAUCUACCACCUGCCGCAGGAGUUUGGCGACCAGGACCUUCUGCAAAUGUUCAUGCCCUUUGGGAACGUGGUUUCGGCCAAAGUCUUCAUCGACAAACAGACCAAUUUGAGCAAGUGCUUUGGCUUCGUCAGCUACGACAAUCCCGUCUCUGCGCAAGCUGCCAUCCAGGCCAUGAACGGCUUCCAGAUUGGAAUGAAGCGGCUGAAGGUUCAGCUGAAGCGUUCCAAGAACGACAGCAAGCCCUACUGAUCGCCCCGCCCUGCCCCCACCCCUCCCCCCCCUCCCCAGCUCCAAUGCUAGCAAUGCCAGGAAGCAAUCUCCAUGCCUGUUUGCUCAUCAUUAGCCUAGCAUGUCUUGAUGAUGUUGAAAGGCGCGUUCCCCGCUGGCCUCCUCAUCCUUCACCACCGCCGCCACCACCGCCACCACCACCACCUAGCCACCAUUGUCUGUGAUGUCUGUGUAAAGCUCGUCUGGCCCCGCCCAUUUAGUUCAACCUGACUCGUUGCUGCAUGCAUGUUCAUCAUUUGUUGUGUUGUGUUUUGUUUUGUAUAAAAAUGUGACAGGAUGAUGGGAGAGAGAGUGGUCAAGCGAAAUUAAUGUGAAAACGUACCUGCGUUGAUUCUUUUUUUUUUUUUAAAAACCUGUGGGAUUUCUCCUUUGACUUUUUCUUUGCUUUCUUUUGAUAAUGUCUCUGGGUAAGGGCAAAUACAGGGAUUGGCACGCCGGCUGUGCUAUUUGGUGCCAUUAGCAAUAUGUUGAAGAAACGAAACCACUGACCAGAUACGUGUAAACCCCCGAAUGAGAGCUCAACAUUUAGCGGGCAGUGUGAAGCUUUUUCCUUUCUUUUUCCCCUCUUCCUUUCGUCUCCAUUUCAAAGGAAAUGUUGUUUUCAUUGACGCAACCUUUUUUAAAUUACCAAUGGCACAAUAAAAGGUACAUUUGCUCGGUUUGGAGAAAUGACUACCUACACGAGUCAACUUUUUUAGAACUGAUUCACAACUAGACAAUCUGUGGUUGAAAUGCACACUUAGAUUACCUAUAUUUUAUACCAUUGAAUCUAUAGAGGUCGAACUAACGGAACCCAGACAAAAAUGUCGGGGUUUUUUCUAGAUUUAUGUUGUUGUCAUCUGUGUUGGGAAAAGGGGGGCGGGCGGCUGUAUGUAGUGUUUCAAAAUCCCCUUCAUUUCUGCUAAAUGGAAGCCACACUUGAAGUUGAAAGUUCCUCUGCAUGCGUAAGAAUUUGUCUAGGACGACACGGUACGUCUUGCUCAUUUGUUUUGGGUUGCUGUUUUUGGAUGCAAUGUUUGUUAAUCACGCAGAUGCCGCACAGUUAUGUUGUUUUCUUGUCCAAGUGGCCACGUGUCAAAAGUUUGGAAGGUGCGCAGCACAGUGGAGUUUUCUUUGCGUGCAAAGAUGGCUCCAUCACGGAUGCGGGAGCCCCUGAAGACGAGACCGCUCGGACAAGCUUCUUGUCGCUUUCAAUGGCCACGGCGGCGGGUGGACGGUGUUGGUUUACAAAUACAUUCCACUGUUUCCACACAAAGUUUACACUUGCCUGAACGGCAUCCUUCUUUUAUUGUACCGCGGCAGAACAAGCCCCCACGCCACGCCAUGCCACGCCACGCCACGCCCCCUCACCAAUGAGUUGCCAACUCAGGGUUUUUCUUUGGUGCGUGAGAAACAAAUUGUCACAUGUACAGCUUCUUCUUGUUUUCCUUUUUCUUUUUGUCACCUUGUGUCCAGGCAAGCCUAAAACGAACAAGCCCCCUUCCUCAAAACAUGUCAUCUGGAGCUAAGCACAACAAGUACGGGAGGGAGCUUUUCCUUGUUGAGGGCGGCCAAGAAGUAGUGCAACGUGCGUGUGUGGACCGACCCCAAGAGUUCCUUUUUGAAUGCUUUUUACAACAGUGUUUUUUCUAUCUCUAUUUAAUGCAAUACAAUAAUGAAAGUGCCAUACACGUCUAGAAAACUGCCUACACAUCCUUAUCGGGCCUUGGUUAGAUUGCUGCACUUUGCCUUUUUUCUGUCACUCGCCAACCCCCAAGGAAAUUCUGCGUAUGGUGUCGUCUGUAGGUGAAACAACCUCCCCCCCCCCCCUCCCCCCAAUUAUAUAUUCUUAGCUAGCAUAUAUUUGAAGGUGUGAGCGCAUGCACUGGAACACUUUGCCACACCGUGUGGACUUGAGUUGAUGUUUCCGAGAACCACUUUGUUAGUCAGGCAUUGUGCGUGCGCGUGUGUUAUAUAUAGAUACAUAUGUGUGCGUAGUGAAGUAUUUAGCGGACGAGACGAAAAAAAAGCACAAUGUACAGAACAAUGUACAGACAGGCUCACUUCAGGGGGUUCCAUCAGCGAAUUCCAGCUCCAACAAUCACUCCCUUGUUUGAAUUCUCAAGUGCUUUCUUUAGGGACACUCUUUCUUUCCAUUUGCAGAUGCACAAACAUAUGGGGGCGUUGCUUAAGCUUAAGGAGGAUGUAAUCGCCGUGGUCCUUCUUGUGUUUGUUUCCUUUUGUCUCCAUGAAAAGCCAAAGUGGGUGCAUCUUCUGUUUACUUUGUGAGUGAGGUUGGGAUUUGAAAAAGGAAAGGCAGAAAAGCAGGAGAAAAAACAAAAAGACAAAAAUCUGGGGGCGUACACGCACGCACGCACGCACGCACACAGGCUAUUUUCCAAUUUCUACAACUGGUUGUUCACAAUGUCUUUUGUACCAGUGACGCUUUUUAUAUUGGAAAUUAAAAGAAAUGAUGGCAAUUGUCUGGCCUCUCAAUGUGGCCUCCGGUUUUGCUUGCUAUUACGUUCAUCAUUGUGUGUCUUUCAAAGAAAACAAAAAAUGGCCUGCUUUUGACUUUACUCUUACUGGAAUAAGUCUUUUUUUUUUUUUUUUUUUUUUUUUCUUUCCUCUAAAUGGUGGUAAGUUUCAUGUUAGUGCUUGUGCUGUCAUCUGGAUUUUUCACAACGUGAGCAGAUCAAUUGUCUUAGUUUAAGAGUUAUCUGUUUAGUUUGAGCCUUGCUUUUACCUUUUUAACGACAAACUGUGUAGAUUCUUUAUUUGGUGUGUUUUUUGUUGAUUUCCCUUCCCCCAUAGCAGAGUACAUAGACGGAAAACUCUGUUCUUGGUCGAUGUUUGUUCAUAUGUGGUGUGUUUCUUUGCCUUUGUCUCCAGAUUAAACCAUUUACCCUAAUAUGGA